CAGGCUGAGGAGCCGCCGUGCCCGGCAGCCCGUGAGGAGGAGGAGGAGGUGGUCCGUGUGCUGACCCUGCCCCUGCAGGCCCACCACGCCAUGGAGAAGAUGGAGGAGUUUGUGUACAAGGUGUGGGAAGGGCGCUGGCGGGGGAUCCCCUACGACGUGCUGCCCGACUGGCUGAAGGACAACGAUUACCUCCUGCACGGGCACAGGCCCCCCAUGCCAUCCUUCAGGGCCUGCUUCAGGAGCAUCUUCCGGAUACACACCGAGACAGGCAACAUCUGGACACAUCUGUUAGGUGACCUGGGGGUGGGGGUGGGCUCGGUCUCCACGCCCAGG